AUGCUCAUAGAACCUACGGUCCCUCCACGCGACGCCGUGCGCCGGAUCACGAAGUCCUCGCAGGACUGCGAGCCAGCAAGGGUCAUCAUGCAAAUCAAGCGAAAUGCGGACAUGCACCUCGCCCGCGUGCAGAGCGAGCAGGAUCGCAUACAGCAGAAGGUCAAAACCCUGAGAGCCAAGCACCAGCAAAAGUCCGACACCCUCCAGGAGCUAUGGGAGCAAAGAAAGCUACGCCAUCAGCAGGAGGUCGGCGAGCUGGAACUGGAGCUCGCGGGCCUGGAGGAUAAGUUUGAGGCGCGCUGGGCUGAGGAGGAGAAGGCCCUGCAAGAGGUCUUGGACAAGCAGGACAAGAGGGGCCAAGAGGCCAUCGCCGAGUUGGAAACCGAGCUCUUGCGACAGAGCGACCUGCUCCGCAACGAAGUGAGGUCUGCCGAGGAGGAGUCCAACACGCAGGCGGUGGACCUGAAGGAGGUGGGUGAAAGCAUGGAGCAGGAGCUGAAGGCUCGCAUGGAGGUGAAGAAGCAGGCGAUGGAGACGUCCUCCGACGCGGAGGUGCGCCGCUUCCGCGGCUAUCGUGAAGGCAACGAAAAGGCCGCAGAACAUUUGAUGGAAGAGGCCAAGAUAUUCCAGCAGGGCAUCAACUUCCUCCGAGAGACGUACAGCCGGACGCCGCGACUGCCGCGAAAGCACCCGGUCGCUGUGGCGCCGGUGGACGUGAACUCGCCUUACCGUCGGAAGGGUGAGAAGGCCGUUGUCACAUCUCGGGAUGCCGCCAACCGCCAGACUACCUAUACCUUUGCAGUGCUUCUCGGCUCUCGCGCAAGCUGCGAAGAGAUGAUCCUCCUGGUCACCUUGCUGCAGCUUCUCGGUUCAAACGUACAGAUCCCACUUUGGACCUUCGCGGCACCUACAACUGGUGGACGGCAGGUCCAGAGCCUGGAUGGGCAGUGGCGCUUCCAGCGUGAGAAGGUCACUCCACAGGUCUGCAAUGCCACGACUUUCCCGGAGCCUCUGACAGGUCAUUGCACCGGGCUUUUGAAGCAAGGGCGUCCCGAGGACGGGGGCCCUGGCAACGCGACUGCUUGCCGCGCCGCCUGCUGUGCCGAGUCGGCCUGCAAUGCCUGGCAGUGGCGCCCAGGAAGCUGCUGGCUAGGCUUCCUGGAUAUCCGUUCCAGUUGCACGGGCAGCGGCCAGUGGCAAGGCGAAGGCGACCCCAGCAGAAAGCCCCGGAAGAUGAUGCCCGGAUCUCCAUGCUGGGAGGACGGCUGCCGUUCGGACUUGGAUGACUCACAUUGGCGGGUGGUUGACGUGCCGCACGACUUCGUAGUGGAAGGCAACUUCACCCCAACCGCUGACAAGUCACACGGGUACCUGCCCUACGGCAUCGCCUGGUAUCGACGGAAGGUCUGCAUACCCGAAGCUGCAGACAUCGCCUCUGGCAAGAGGUACGCCUGGCUCGAGUUUGAGGGUGUCAUGGUUCGCAGCCAGGUGUGGCUGAAUGGCGUGUAUCUUGGUGGCCAUGGCUCCGGCUACACACCCUUCCUUGUAGACCUGGGCGUGGCCAAGCUGACGCCGGACUGCAGCAACGUGCUGGCAGUGCAUGCUGAUGCGACCUCCCCCGACGGGUGGUGGUACGAUGGCGGAGGCAUCUAUCGCCAUGUCUGGCUUACAGUCGCCGAUCCCGUGCACGUCGCCCCUUGGGGCGUCUACGCCCCGGCUCGGGUGUCAGUCCCACUGCGCGGGGCGGAAGCGAACGCAGAUGCGGAGGUGCACCCAAUUGUGGCGUUCCGGAACAAAAGGAAUGCGACAGAGAACUUGGAGGUGACUUGCACGGUGAAGACAUCCGGCGGCGCAGUUGUCGCGAGCCAGGUGUCUGCCGCCACGGCCGCUGGCAAUGCAACCACCGAGAUUAGCCUUCGGAGUCUGCAAAUGCCAGGAGCCUCUCUUUGGUCUCCUGCGCACCCUGCACUCUAUCGUCUUGAAGUCAGCAUCUCAAGCACCAGCUCACAGGACCAGGUGUCCGUGACGUUCGGCGUCCGAACUGUGGCCUGGGACCCCAACAAGGGGUUUGUCCUCAACGGCGUGCCCACGAAGAUUCUUGGGACAGCAAACCACCAGGACUUUGCGGCCGUGGGUGUGGCUGUUCCGGAUCACCUACAGGUUCACAGGCUCCGGAAGUUGAAAGAGUUUGGUGCCAACGGCUUUCGCACGGCGCACAAUCCCCACAACGAGGCUCUCCUCCAGGCAGCCGACGAGGAGGGCAUCCUGGUCUGGGCAGAGAACCACCGCAAUGGCCAGGAUGAGGAGAUGGAGGUCAUGAUCAAGCGAGACCGAAACCAUCCCAGCAUUGUGAUCUGGUCGAUCUGCAACGAGAACCUGUGCCACUCCGACGACGUCGUGGCGGACGCGAAGCGCCUCAAGGCGUUGGCUCAUCGCUUGGACCCACUGAUGGGGCGCCCAGUCUCUGCGAACUACAACGACUUCAACGGCAACCACACGCCCAUGGACGUGAUGGGCUUCGACUAUAGCCCAGAGACCUACGAUCGAUGGCAUGCGGCUGCGCCUGAGGUGCCUGCCAUCAGCAGUGAGACGUCCUCGGCGUAUUCGGACAGAGGCCUGGUGGCCAACGACCCGGCGGCGGGCCACGUGCGUGACUACGACACGGAGCAUCCCGGCUGGGGUGAGACGUCCCAGGUGGCUUGGCAAGCCAUCCUGAGUCGGUCUUUUGUGGCGGGCGGCUUCACGUGGACAGGUUGGGACUACAGGGGAGAGCCGACUCCCUACCAAUGGCCGGAUGUGAAUUCUCAUUUCGGCGUCCUGGAUAUGGCAGGCUUCUGGAAGCACCGUGCAUACUACUACAAGGCUUGCUGGACCCCGCCAAGCACAGAGUACAUUUUGCAUCUGCUUCCUCACUGGAACUGGGAAGAGCACCGCUGUGGGGAUGGCUGCCGGAGAGAUGCGGCAACGGGCGCGAUGCUUGUGACGGUCUGGGCGUACUCCAAUGCGGAGGAGGUUGAGCUGAUUCAUCCCAAUGGCACCUCCAUGGGCAAGAUCUCCGCCAGCCCAUGUUCCCAUGUAUCCUGGGAGGUGCCCUUCCUUGCGGGCCAACUCACGGCCAAGGGCUACGUCAAGGGCCAGGUGGUGCAGACAGCCGAAGUCCACACCACGGGUAGCCCUCAGUCACUUCGCCUCCGCAUCAAGGACGGUGUUGGUGAGAGCGGCGUGAUCGCAAAUGGCCAGGACGUCGCCUUACUUUCCGUUGACGUGCUCGAUGCCCAGGGCAGCAUCGUACCCACCGCUUCGGCGAUGGUCACUUUCGCCGUGGAGGGCGGUGCCAGGAUCCUUGGCACAGCAAACGGGGACCCGGCCAGUCUCGAGCUGAACACCUCUCCCCAGCGGCCUGCCUUCGGGGGCCGGCUCAUGGCCGUUCUUAGACCGACGGCGCCGGCGAGCGGCGCCAUCCGGGUGACGGCGUCAUCCCCUGGGCUCACGUCAGACAGCCUGCAGUUGAAGGUGCUUCCCAAGGCGCCAAAGGCCGCCAAGCACGGACAGCUGAUCGUCUAG